CUUUGGGAGUGGUGCACUAGUAGUAUCUUUAGCGAGCGCGCCGCCCACCUCAGGAUGGUGCCCCGACUCACAACCAAACAAAACACCAUUGUUCCCUUCCGCCUACCACCACCCCUCCUUUCUGGCGACCACCACCUCCGCCACUUCCUCUUCCGUGAUGGCCUUCUCCGCCGACGCUUCCUCCCCUAAGAAGGACCCACCCUCCCCCGCAGUGCUUGCCGCCUCCGCUGCAGCAGAGGCGGCGGCGUCCCGCUGUCAGUCACCUUCCCCGUCACCGUCCCCCUCGCCGGAAAGAUCCGCUUCCCUGCUUCCCCUACCGGCGUCUCUCCCGCCACCGCUGCCCUCCUCCUCCGCCACCCGCCGGCUGGCCGCCCCCAUAUGGACCCACGAGGAGAUCCUUGCCCUCAUCGGCGCCUACCGUGACAAGUGGUACGCCUUGCGUCGCGGCAACCUCCGCGCCUCCCACUGGCAGGAGGUCGCCGACGACGUCGCCGAUCGCUGCCCCUCCGGCUCCUCCCCGCCCAAGACCUACAUACAGUGCCGCCACAAGGUCGAGAAGCUCCGCAAGCGCUACCGCAGCGAGCGCCGCAAGUCCCUCCAGUUCGACACCUCCCUCCCUCCCUCCUCCUGGGUCUACUUCCGCAAGAUGCACGCCACGGAGCACGGUGGCAACGUAGAAGUAGGCGAACCCCACCGACCGUCCGCCUGCCAAUCCUCGGUCCCGCCCCACCCGCCCUCCUCCGAUGACGAAGAGAAUGACGACUACGAGCACCGCGGCGCUGGCGGCGGGAGCAACACCCAAAGUCUCCACCACCUCAUGACCAACGGCGGCUGCGCGAUCGGUGAGCUCAGAUUCACGAUCCCCAAGGCAGUGCGGUCCAAGGUCUAUAGAACUGACGACAGGAUCGCGCCGAACCCUAACGCCGCCACCACCCGCUUCUUCAAGGGUUUCAGCGGCGUGCGGCCCGUGAAGGAGGAGAUGCGGCGCAAGAUGGAGAAGAAGAGGAGGAGGAGGAGGAUGGAGAUGGAGUCGAGUGCGGUCAGGGAAAUGGUGUCUGCGCUGAGAAUGCUGGGUGACGGGUGCCUGAGGAUGGAACAAAGGAAGAUGGAGAUGGCGCGGGAGAUAGAGGAGGAGAGGAUGGAGAUGGAGCUGAAGCGCACGGAGCUUAUCCUCGACUCACAGCGCCGCAUCCUCGAUGCGUUCUUGAAGGGUCUUUCCGGGAAGAAGCGGGCGAAGGUGUCGGCCGAGGAUUGACAAGGUUCCAUUCAUAUCAGAAAGGGGAAUCCACAUCCAUGAUUGAGAUAUGUUGGUGCAGUCUGCCAGCUGAGCUGUUGUUUCUUUAUUUAUUUAACGGUGUAAGGAAAUCACAUGUUCUUUGGAUGCAAGGUUCGUAGGUAUGAUAUAUCAAAUUAGGUUCCCUACUACAGUAGUAAUCAUGUUAAUGAUGUUGAAUCUCAUUAAAGGUUUGAGGACUUGAUUUCUGUCAUUGAAAAUCUGGAGACGUUUUUAAAGUCUUUAGAGAUUUGAUAUUAAUUUGAUGUUUAUAAUAAAUUGAUUCUUGUACACCAAUGUUGGAAGAGAUGUGGACACAAUAUUUCAUCUGUUGCUAAUCUGUUGUUUUCUAUGUGAACGUCUCUCUUCCAAGAAGACUUCUGCUGAGUCUUGAGAUGGAACUUCUUUUGAUGUUUUAAGUUUGAACAUACAUGUUCAAGUGCCAAUCUUUGUAUAUAGUGUAUGUAAAUUAUGCAUGCCUCUAAUUUAUAAAAAAUGCUAUAUGCUGGAUGUGUUCCUCAUGCUUUUCUUUCAUCUGAUCUUGAUCCUCUUGUUGAUUAUAACACACCUUAAAUCUUGUUAGAGAAAGAAACUCUACAACUUUUACAUGCACGUCAUGCAAUAUUAUGCAAGUAUAUUGCACCUAUAGAAACACUGGUGUCACUCAGAUAUUUUGUGGAUCAAGUUAUUAACGUGGCUGUCUAGCCAUAUGCAACCUUUUAACCGAGGAAAAGCUAUUGUUGUUAAAGCUCCAUUAGCACAUUGCCAGGUAAUUGAGCUAUAUAUUUAACAAUAUAUGACUUAUUUUCUGGAGUACUCUGUCUCCCUUGCAUUGUUAUGUUUCUUGGUAUGUGCAAAUUUAUUCAUAUGAAUUGUUGAAAUUGCACAUCCAUCUCUGGAGAUAUUGACACCUUCAUCCUCAAACUGAAAUUUUAUAAAGGUCAUGAUAUGCAGGUAUGCAUAUAUGUCCAUGUCCAAACUUUUCAAUGAUAAAUGUGCAACAGAAGUUUGCAGAGCAUUUAUUCUAUUCACCUCUGUAUGUUGUUUCUAUCUUUGUUAUUGGCUCUUGCAUAAAUAUAAAUUUAUGCAUUAAUGACUUGUUGGAAUGUCUAAGAUCUUAAAAAUUGGAUGUUACAUAAUGUCUUGGUGCAACUGAAGGAGUCCACUUCAGUGAGUACAAUUUGUCUAGGAAGAACUAAAAUUUGUUAUUUGGAUCUUGGACCAACAAAAUGGAUUAAAUCCUAGUAAUAUGUUGUGCAGUGCAAUCAUCAUGAACCAUAAUGGAGGAUCAUAUAAUUUGGGUUUGUGAACAAACUGCCACUAAGGCUUAAUGAUUCUGACAUGCUAACUGCUUUAUCAGCAAAAUAGAAGAAGUUCUAGUUACAUGGUGCAUUGCAUUUCAGGGCAAGGCACCAAAACUUUAUGUUGUUCUCUAGGGCCUUAGAUAACUCAUUAAGCAUUCUAGAAUCAAAUGAUUGGUUUGGAUGAGAAUAUUCAACAUCAUUUUUGGUAGGCAGUGGAUUGAUAGUGAUAACAUGACUGCUAAAGAUGAGUCUAUUUAAUUGAAUUAAUUUAAUUAUUAAAGAUAGUCUUGUGAUUGCUAACACAUGAUAGAAGCCUACUACUGCUGAAUAUUUGAGGUGAAUUUGUUUCUCAACUUAAUGUUUGUGUAAGAAAAGUUAGUCGAUGAUGUUUGAGCAUUCGCUUCUUUCUAAUGUCUAUUAAUUUUCUAUUGGCCUCUAUGGAUUGAUCACAGGUUAUAACAUAAUUGGAGCACUUAUAUGUCUUGAUCUUAUACUAAUUCGGUCAAUACAGAUCUCAUAACAUUUUCUUAUAUAUUUAUCAGUUGCCAAUUAAAAUGAAACAUUUCAUUCUUAUGAAGAUGGACCAGAUUGAUGCUGUUAUAAUUAAAGGCUGGCAAGCAAGGCCCACUUUUUGUUGUGACUAAUUUCAUUUGUUCUGAUUAGUCUUGCGAAGACCAACAGAUAGAUAAGUCGAUUAAUUUAAGUGGAAGCUUCACUCUUAGAAAUGAACUUAUGACCUAUUGUUGGAACAUUCAUCCUUGUGGCUGGUCUUCUUGUUGUUAGUGAAGGCUUAUGGUCUACUUGAGAAGAUUUCACCAACUAGGUUCUUCUUACAGCUUUUAGUUAUAUACUAUAAAGUAAUAGCAUUCGUGCAUCGCUAGCAGAGACAGGAACACCUUGGGUUGUAAGGGAAUACAAAGGAUGAUGUCUAUAUUAUGUAAAAGAGUUUGCCAUUAAGGAUAUCUGCAAGUAAUACAUUGUUGGAUAAUGCAGUUUUACAGUAAUUUGUAAGUGAUGGUAACGUUCCUCUAUUACUACUUGGGCUUCAUGGGUGUCAAUUAGAAAGUUUCUGAUUCAAGAUUGCAUAUUUUUGUUUCGUUCCUUCCGAACGUGGCUGUACCAAGAAACUUGUGCAGGGCUGUCUGAAAUGAAGAGUAUAGAAGUGUACUUAAAGUAAAAGGGAGAUCAGUGCAUAAUAAGAAAAUAUGGGUGCUUUAUCUGGAGAGGAAUCUGUAGCUUCUUUUUGGGGUAUAUGCAUGAUUGUUUCAAGAUUCUUAUUUUGAAGAUAUCAACUCUUAUUGACAUGAGGCACCAACUGCCAAUUUGUCUGAGGGCCCUCUUCUCAGCUUUGCCAGAGUUAUCUCAUUUGUUAAUAUUUGUUUUUAUCUCGUUUGUUAGUAUUUGUUGCUAGAUGAGUCACAUUGCCCCUUUUGGGCUCAGGAAAUAUAAUGCACUUAGAUGCACACCGUGGUGGUUGUUACUUUGAUUUUCAUGAGAAGGUGGUUUCAUUGUUAAGCCAGCUAAAAGAUACCAGUUUGAGUACCUAAUACAACUUUCCGUAUGUCUUGUUGGGCUUCAUUAGCUGAAGUGUAGUAGUCAGGGCCAUCAAUUUGCUCACUUGAACCAAAUUAUGAGUUACCAUUUCAUUGUUUAUUUGUUUCUCUAAAUCUAAGAUUGCUGUAGCAGUGAUCAUCAUGUUCUGCUGUUAGUCUUGGGAAACCUACAUCUUUUUUGUUUCUGAAAAUACUACACCUGUUUAUGUCUGGGUAAUCUGGGAAGUCAAGAGACCUCAGAUGUUCUUUCUGGCUUAUACAAAAGCUGGAUUGCUCUUGUUUCAGGGUGUUGCUUUAUCAGAGACUUAGGAAGUGGAUGCCAAGUUGAGGUGGAUCCAAGUGCUUUUAGCUGCUAAAAAGAAUCUUGUUGGCAUUCAGAAUUGAGAUGAUGAUUUGUUCCCUUCAUGUCCUUAAUGAUGAUCUUCUCUGGAUCUUGCUUUUCUGUUG